AUGGACGAAGUCCAGUUACUAUAUAAUCAGAUUAACCAGUUAACCGAAAUUCACUCAUCACAAAGACGUAAGAAAUGGACUCUGGUUAUUAUCGGUCUCAUCUUCUGCCUUUAUUUUACCUAUUUCUUCAUCAAUCGAUCAUUUGCUCGAUCAAUCCGAGUCUCACUUGCAUUUUCAACAACCAUUUAUCCUCUUUCACCACCGAUUAUCAUCCUAUGGACUUAUCCAUACGAUUCAUGGCAAGGAACAACGGACGUGCCUUUAGACUGUGAGUGUAUUCUUACCCGAAAUCGAAGUCUCUUUGCACAGGCGAAAGUUGUUAUUUUCUAUUGGCGACAUACUAAUCUCUCAGAUUUGCCUAAGUAUAAAUUUGAAGGUCAAACGUGGAUCUUGCAUCAUCUAGAGUCUCCAGCUAACACACAUAGACUAUCUGAAUUAACCGCUUUCUCUAAUUACGUUGAUUGUUGGUCCAGUUAUCGAGCUGAUUCAGACUUUCCAACACCAUAUGGAUUUAUUUUACCAAAGAAUGAAUCUUUUGAAUCAGACAAAACUAAUGUUACCUUUUCUCAGAAAAGUCGUAAUGUAGUCUGGAUGGUUUCACGUUGUAGGGCCGAAUCAGGAAGAGAUGAAUAUGUCAAAGAGUUAGCUCGUUACAUUGAUGUUGACAUUUAUGGUGAAUGUGGUCCAUACAAAUGUCCACGUUCCGAGGGAUCAUAUUGUUACGAAUAUUUUGAAAAAUAUCGAUACUACUUGUCUUUCGAGAAUUCAAUCUGUACCGAUUAUUAUACCGAGAAGAUAAUCAAUCUUCUUAAUUACACAAUCAUUCCCAUUGUUCUUGGUGGAGCCAAUUAUUCAUCAGUUUUACCAAAUCAUUCGUACAUCGAUGCGCUUUCAUUUAAAUCACCUCGAUACUUGGCAAUGUUAUUACGAAGUCUAUCUAACGAUGAGAAAAGAUACAAUUCCUAUUUUGAGUGGAAAUCUCGGUAUACGAUCGACAAUAACGAUUAUCGGAUAGUUCUUUGCCAAAUAUGCUCCAGAUUGAAACAAUCAACCCAAAGUGGAUUUUCAUUUUCAUCAUCAACCAAAGAUCUACAAUUAAGACAAUCAAAUGUAUCAUGUAACCGUCAAUAUAAAGAUUUUGUUGGUUGGUGGUUCAAGGAAGGUUGUACAUCAUGGAGUCCACGAAAUAGAUUCAAAUUCCGGCCGUUGAACAGUUAAAUUUGAGUUUGAAUUGACGAAGUUAAAAAUUUUCACUAAAUAAUCAAGGAUUCACAAUUUACAAGUUAUGAUUAUAACUUGUUGAUCCACCAAUUAAUCAGUACAAAUGUAUUCUCAACAACAAAAACAAUUUAAGGAAAACUCAGUGAUCUAUUUAAACGUUUCCAACAAGUCCAGCAGCCUAAUCUAUUUUGAUGAUUAAAUAUUUCUAAUUAUAAUCAUUUGUAAGAUCUUACUGCUGCAGUAACUUUCUAUCGGCGAUAUACUAAUCUCUCAGAUUUACCUAAAUAUAAAUUUGAAGGUCAAACGUGGAUCUUGCAUUAUCUGGCAUUUCCAAUGAACA